AUGUACGUGGUACAAUUUUCUGGCUUAUUAUCGAAACAGUUCAGUACGACUUAUGCUCGAAACGGAAAUAGGUUAGCUUCUUCUUUUCGACAAUACGAAAACUAUGGAAGAUUUUGCGAAUAUCGCAAAAGAGUAGCCCUUUGGUUGAAAGAACAAGGUGGACAAAUAGUCGAAGCUUGUGCCAGACAAUUUGAAUUUAUCGCUGCACAACGUGUCAGGAGAAGCUUGCAAAUAUUUCACUUGUACACACGAAUAUGGGAUGAUAUAGCGCUUAAGGAGUUUAUGAAAACUUGGAGGAAUCGCGCUUUAAAGAAUAGCAAGCAUUUUCUAAUGAGCAGCAUUGGGGUAACAAUGUAUAACUGGGAUCGUGAGAGAAUAAGCGAAGAUGAAUUAAAUAGUUGUAAGCAGGAAAUCGAAGGGAUUCACAAGCUGAAAGAUUCUACGGUGAUUUGUGCAAAAUGCCAUCUAAGAAUUGUUAUAGAUGCUCAACAACCAGGUGUUAAAUAUUGCACGUGCUACGGUGAUAAAUUUAACGCCACUUCGAAUGAAGAUCCGGACGGAUGGAGACCGUACAUAGAACGGCAAGACAUGCUCAUUUGGAGAAAGGAAGAACCAAAUUCUGGAGGAUUAUUCGCGUAUAAAGUAUACGGUACGUUUUCGGACGUAACCGCGGAAGACUUUUUACAAACACAAAUAGACGUCGACUAUAGAAAAAAGUGGGACCCAACAGCUCGAGAAUUACAGAUUAUAGAUACCGAUCCUAAAUCGCAAAAGUCCGUGGACGAUAGUACCGAUAUAAUAUAUUGGGAAACGAUAUGGCCGAGAUUGUUCGCAAACAGAGACUACGUGUACCAGCGACGAUGGGUCGUGGAUAAAGAGAAACGGUUAAUUAUAAUUAUAAACAGAGUAACGGAACAUCCUGGUGCACCUACUAAACCCGGGAUAUACAGAGUCAAUACGUACUGGUCGUACAUGGUGAUAAGGCCUUACACUGAAUUCCAUCAGCCAGGCAUUGAAUUUGGGUUGACCUAUUUCGACGAUCCUGGCGUAAAUAUUCCAUCUGCGGUUACAGCGUGGGUUGCGAUGGCAGGAUUACCAGACUUUCUUAUUCGUAUGAGGCAAGCGUCGAAAAAUUACAAAAAUUACAAACUUAUGAGAGAAAGUGAAAAUGUGUCUAAUACGAAACGCAACAUUUCUACGAGGGACGAGGACAUUUCCCAGCGUAAUAUCGAAAAGGAUAAGACGGAAAGAGGGAAAGAAAAUGAAACGGUGAAUGAAAGAAACGCGAAGGAACGUGACGAUCUCGUUGAAGAAAGUGAAAUGUUUGGGUUUAUGGAAACACAAGAAGAUAGCGACGAGAGUGAAGAAGAUGACGAUGACACGAAUGGUACAACAACAGACUCAACCGACGAAGGCAGGGGGUUAUUACGUUAUAUCUUCCUUACAAAAUUAUUUGUCUGACCAAUAAUUACAAUAUGUUUGAUAUAAUGAAAUUGGUUUUGGCCAAUAGAAAUACUUUAACGUGACGUUGUG